UCGGAUGCCACAGGGCCACAACAUAGGCAGGCAAACACGUCCAAACUCCAAAGCACUCCAAGCGUAAUCCAAAUCUGAUUCUGAACUCUCCAUACAGAUUAGUCAUUAGACGCAACAAAAUGACGCAAUCACACAGAAGAAUGAAGAAUCUAUCUUUAAACUCCAUCAGUCCUAGCCUUUCUCUCUCCCUCCACGCCUUCACGGUCUGUAUCUCUUGAAUUCUUCUGUCUCAAUUCUUCACUGUAUAUCCCUCGAUGGAGUGAUCCACGAAUUCUUCUCUCUUUCUCUCUCUCUCUAGUCUAUAUCCCUCGAGUUCAAAUCAAGUUCGAGGGAUAUUAUCAAGGUCACUUGCUCUUAUCCCCUCUCCUUUAUCCUCAAAACGAAACGAACCCAAUCAAUUACUAUACAAAGUAAUCCAAAGCGUGUCGACAAAUCCCUCCUUCCCGUCUUACCCAGAUAAAUAAAUGCAGUCUCAGAUCCUCCCAAUCUCUCGUUCUUUUUCCUCUUCUUCUUCGUCGUCUUCUGAUUCUCAUUUGAUGGCGACAAAGACAAUGCCAUUCAGAGGAGAUGAAGAUCAGGAUCGUCUUCUUUUCCCCUCAACAUCGUUUGGGGGUGAAAAGGUCAUGGAGAAGAGACCUCUGCUUUCCCGGGCUUCCAGCUAUACCGGGACCGACGGCAACAACAACAACUUGAACCUGCAGCAGCAGAGGAGGCGGAGGAUCAACAGCGACACCUCUCUUCCGUCUCUUUCUUCUCUACCUGUCCGUCGAUAUUCUUUGAGGCGGGACGUUGGGCACGCUGCUUCCGAGACGUUUUUGCUUACUCGUCUUAGCUUUAAGCUCUUGCGCUAUCUGGGGGUAGGCUACAGGUGGAUCACAAGAUUUCUUGCCCUUGGAUUUUAUGCUAUGCUACUAUUCCCAGGUUUUGUUAAAGUUGGAUAUUACUAUUUUUUCUCAAGUCAGGUCCGUCGUAGUAUAGUUUAUGGGGAUCAACCGAGAAAUAGGCUUGAUCUAUACUUACCUGUAAAUAGUAGUGGGCCGAAGCCAGUUGUGGCAUUUGUGACUGGUGGAGCCUGGAUUAUUGGGUACAAAGCAUGGGGUUCCCUUUUAGGGAAACAGUUAGCAGAAAGAGACAUCAUAGUGGCAUGCAUAGAUUACAGAAAUUUUCCUCAGGGUACCAUCAGUGACAUGGUGAAAGAUGCUUCUCAAGGAAUAUCAUUUGUCUGCAACAAGAUUGCUGAAUUUGGAGGUGAUCCUAACAGGAUCUACUUAAUGGGACAAUCAGCCGGUGCACAUAUUGCUGCUUGUGCUCUCUUGGAUCAGGCAGUCAAAGAAUCUGGGGAAAAAGAAACCGUUUCUUGGAGUGUUUCGCAGAUAAAUGCUUAUUUUGGUAUAUCUGGAGGGUACAAUUUAUCCAACUUAGUGGACCACUUCCAUAGACGAGGUCUGUACCGUUCCAUCUUUCUCAGUAUAAUGGAAGGAGAUGAAUCUUUACAAAGAGUAUCGCCUGAAGUAAUGGUACAAGACCCAAGCAUUAGAAACACAGUUUCUCACCUGCCUCUUAUUGUCCUAUUCCAUGGAACUGGAGAUUAUUCCAUUCCUUCGGAUGCCAGUAAGACGUUUGCAGAUACUCUCCGAAAAGUUGGAGCUAAAGCUGAACUAAUACUAUAUGAAGGAAAAACACACACAGAUUUGUUUCUUCAGGAUCCCAUGAGAGGUGGUAAGGAUGAUCUCCUUGAGGAUAUAGUUGCUGUCAUUCAUGCAGGUGAUGAAGAGGCCCUCGCCAAAGAUACAAUUGCACCUCCUAGGAAACGUCUUGUGCCGGAGUUCAUGUUGAAGUUGGCUAGGAAAAUCAGCCCUUUCUAGGUAAUUUGGCUUUGGAGAUUGGUUUGCCUUAUGGUUUUUCAUGAUUGUGUUGCCGCCUUUCCAUUGCAGAAAAAUAUUGAAUAUUGUGCUCAUGAAUGUAAUAUUAAAAAAAUUAAAAAAAAUCUUACUAGCCAUGCUUUUGGAAAUUUAAUCACAUCAAAACUUACAUGUCUUCUUUAAAAAAAAAAAAAAUCAGAGGUACAAGGAUAAUAUCUAGCUUUAAUUACCCGGGACCCCUAGUUCUGUGGUUAGGAGUUGGGAUAACAAUCUCCAAGCUAACUUGACUAAGAGCUUUAUUAUGACUAGCCACUACUUAAACUGUAACCACCUAAAGAUUUGGGACAAUACAUCAUCUCCAAAGAAACAAACGACCACCCCCUACCUUCAUCUUUUAAUCCAUUUCAAAACCUAACAUUGAUCAGAGUCCAAUUGAUUGAUUACAAGACAUCCAAUACUUAUGAAUAUAACUUAAGACAGACUUAAUAAGAACAGCUCUACGGGCAUGAGACAACAAGGGUAUCUCCCAAAGGCCAAACUUAGGACGGACACGAUAAACAGCCUUAUUCCAAAUGGUUCUUUUUUCCUCGCCACCAGAGGAGUAUCUAGAUAAAGAGAACCGUCCUCCAUUCUGUGGCAGUUUCAUUUUCCUGGCAUCAUCCAGGGGUUUCACAUUGUCAACCUCAAUCAUUUCUUAAUUCAUUAAGAUUCACAUCAAAAUUUUCACAUGUAAAUUUUAUAUGACAUUGAAAAUUUGUAUAUGUAAAUUUUCACACGUUGACAUAUUUCACUGUUUGUUUUCAAGAUGUAAAAUGUGGAGUAAAAGAUAUUCUGAAAAGUAUAAUGCCUUAAGAGGCAACGCAUUGAACAUCUAAUGUCCACAAAUGUACUGAACUUUGCUUUCUCUUGAACCUACAAUCAAGGAAUUGUAGGUAGGGGACAAGGAAGAAAAAAGAAAAAAGAAGAUUAAGAAGUGGAGAAACCAUGUUAAAAGUAUAAAUCUAGCUCCAAAGGUUUUCUAUGUAUAGGCAACGAACUUCAAAGUCCAGAUAUGCAUUUUCAAUUGUUCUACGACCCAAAACCAGUAGAGAAACUAUGGGGAAUAACCCCAGCUUUCCCCAUUUCAUGGCUUAGAUGUAGAAGUUGGGAGAGAGAAACAAAAGAAGAAUCCAUAAAACAACUCAGAGAGAAGACCUGGAGAGAGAUUCCUUUGAUGGAUGGCUUGACUUUAUCUACAAGUUCGUUUCAAGUUCGUGCUCCACCACUCUAUGACAGACUCUUGAGUAGCUCAAAAACAUGCAUCACAAUGCUUGGAACAUGUAUACUCAUUAAAGCACUUGGAAGAGCAUAAUAGCUUUUUCACACACAAAUAAAAUGUAAAUUAAAAAUAAAAACUAUUAAAAAUCAUAGAUUGUACUCGUGGCAUCCUUUGCCUCAACACUUUCAACAUAAAUUCUUUGAGUAGAGGAACCAAUUAGUAAUCCCCAAGCUAAUAUGUUGACCUAUGUCGUCUUCUUCAAUUUCAUGAUUUCAUUUUUGAACUUUGAAAAUUCCGAGUGGUUUGCGUGUAAGGCUCUAUUCCUGGAAAGAAAUCCCUAUAAUGGAAUCUGAAUAUUUAACUUGGUGAACUCGGGUAGAGGAUGUAUGAUCGAGAAUCCGAACCACUCUAAAUAGCUUGUGUA